AAGAAGGAUACAGAAGGAUGGUAUAAAUUGUAGGAAAAGUAUUUUAAUCUGGAGAGCAGCAGAAUUUUCCAGUCUAAUUAAACCUCUGCUUGGACCACAGCAUGACACAACAAAUAUAUAAAAGGCAUUUGCAUCAUGCAGCAGUACUUGGAUUGACUCUGGUGUUAACCCUCUUCUGUGGAUAUGGAAACGCUAAGGAGGUGUCAGAGGAUGUUCUCCUAUUCAACACAACACUGGACCAGCUUUUUAGUGGAAGUGGACAGGAACCAAAAGUUUUGGCUAUACAAAGACCAUGUGGUCCUGAACAUGAUGGAUUCUGUGUUAAUGGUGUGUGCUCCUUUUCUUCCGACUUUGACACCCCGAUCUGCCGGUGUCACAAAAUAUACUCUGGUGUGAGGUGUGAACAUAUGCUUUUGGACACCCAAAGCUUUUCCAGCCAUGAAGAAGUCAUUGGAAUUAGCUGUGGUGUAGUUUUAUUACUUGGAACUCUUCUUGGACUACUGUUCUGCUUCUUGAAGAAAAGAUGCCGGAAGUCAUCACCACCCUACAAGAACUAUGGCUCUGAGAACUCAGUUUAAUUUAUAUAGUGCUUUUAAAUAAACUGCUUUUAAGACCAAGACAAGAAGAAGGAAAAACAACAAGGCAGAAGAUGACACACUCUAAAAGCAAUACACUUUAUACUGUGGGGUAACAACAGAAGGACAACACCCUCUAGUUUUUACUACAAACUUAUUAUAUAUAAAAAGUUUUUUACUGUUGCUUAGUACUUACUGUAACAUUGGCACUGUGAUGUAAAAUGUGUGACCACACUCACUUGUUUAAUAUUUAAUAUAUUUAAAAAUUGUUAAAGAAAAAUAGCAUGUAUAGCACAAUUAUCAUUCAGAUAUACUUUUGUUUUUCCAUCAGCAAAUGCCAUAUGCUGCUGCCGCAAUGAAUAUAUGGCAUAUAGUGCACAGUCAUUUAUUGCACAAGGGUAAAUAGUAAGUUAAUGCUGAAUAUUAAACCCAAACUGUGCUAAUGUAUUUGUAUCAGAAAAUGUAUUUAUUUAUUAAAUAACUUGCAUAAAAUGUGUUCCUAAAAUAAAAGAAAAU